AAAAUCAUUCUUUGGGAGUACGAGAAUCUCGAAUGCGGGCAUAUGUUUCGUCUCUGUUACUUGGAUUUAACCCAACAAUUUAUAAUUUAUAAUAUAAUUAUAAAUCCACACUCGUGUUCAACCUUUCUGAUUUCCUCUUUGUCUUGAUCCCAACAACAUUCUUCUUCAUUUUGCAUGCUUCAAUCCUUCGGUGAGUUCCUCUUCUUCUUCAAUUUCUCCAUCAACAAACUGUAAUUAACUAAUUAACCAAUUACAAUUUAGAAUGCCGUUUACGUUACACAUGGGUUCAACAGUAUUGUAGGUUUCGGAGUGUGAACAGUGUUCUUUUCUCGGUAUUAACGAAAGGGUUUUCAUCUUUUCAUCUUUUGAUCUUGAUAUUAUUGAUUAUCAGUUAUUGGGUAGUGUUUGUUUAGUGAAUUAAAGUGGGAAAAUGGGGUCAAAUGGCCUGUUUAAAUCUGAUGGUCUGGCAAGACAAAGCUCAAUUUAUAACCUAACUUUAGAUGAAGUACAACACCAGUUAGGAGAUCUUGGUAAGCCUUUGACAAGUAUGAAUCUUGAUGAGCUUCUCAAGAGUGUUUGUACUGCUGAAACCAAUAUGAAUCUCGAACCCGUGUCGGGUUUGGGUUCGGGUUCGGGUUCGUUUCUGGCUCGCCAGGCGAGUGUUAAUGUUGCUCAAGAUCUGAGGAAAAAGACAGUUGAUGAGGUGUGGCAGGAUAUCCAACAGGGUCAGAAAAAGAGUAACGAUAACAAUGUACGUCGUAAACGGGGUGGUGAUCGAGAGAGGCAGUGUACGUUAGGUGAGAUGACGUUGGAGGAUUUCUUGGCGAAAGCGGGGAUUGUUGCGGGAUCUGGAAACAAAAGUGUGGAUUCGAAUGUGUCGAUUCAGCAACAAGCGCAGUGGAUGCAGUCUCAGGUUACGCCAAUCCAGCCGCAGCAGUCUGUGUACAUUGUGAGUCAUCGUCCGGUCGGGGCGAACGCGAUGAUGGAGAUGGGUUAUCCGGAGAGCCAAAUGAUAACGUCUCCUUCGCAGUUGAUGCGUAAUUUGUCGGAUACGCAGACACCUGGAAGGAAACGGGUUGCGCCUGGUGACGUGAUGGAGAAGACUGUGGAACGGAGGCAAAAAAGAAUGAUUAAAAAUAGAGAAUCUGCUGCACGUUCGCGGGCAAGAAAACAGGCUUACACGCAUGAACUGGAGAACAAAAUUUCACGUUUGGAAGAGGAAAACGAAAGACUUAAGAGACAGAAGGAGGUAGGGCAGGUAUUGCCAAGUGCGUCGCCACCCAAACCCAAGUUCCCGCUCAGACGAACAAUUUCAGCUCCUGUCUAGCAAGAUUUCCGAACCCGUGUCAAGAACUAUGUUGUGUAGAUGCGUUUUGUCUUCUUUUUCUUUUGUAGUUUUCGUUAGGAUACGCGGUACCUAUGUAUGGUGUUUGGCUGUUUGCUAGUGUUGUUUCUUAGUUUUCUUUAAACAGUGUAUCAGGUCAAGAUCUUGGGCAAUGUAUUUAGCAUUCCUCAUGAUUGUAAUGGCUAUAAUCACCAACACUUUUCCUUGUAUGUAUAUUGUUAAGACAACUAUGAAACUAUCUAAUGCCAGUUUUAAGUUUCUUGCUCA